AAUAUGUGGAAGUGACCGCAGCAUCCUGCACCUCACCCCCCCCUUCCGUGACAUUUGCAUCUGCACCUGAACAUCCAGAGCUGUUCUAGGCCUACAGCAGCGAAGAUGAUAGAGAUCACAGAAAUCCAGAGUAAGUAUGACCAUAUCUUACAGCCUGAAAGGAAGAAGUUACUUCUUCGUAUACCAGUGUAAUCAGGUUAGCUAAGAAAGAAUGAUUGGGUCUAAUCAAGGCUUCCUUUUGCCAGCUCAGCUUUUAGAGAAUGUCACCCUGACCUCUCUUCUUUACUUCUUUACUUUAAUACUUGCCUUUUCACUAGCAAGUUCAAGGCAGCAAACAUAAUGCUCUCCCUCCCCUCAUUUUAAUAACAAACCUGUGAGGUAGAUCAGGUGGACUGUGACUGAGUGGCCCAGCAAGCUUUGUGACCGAGUGGGGAUUUGAACCUGCACCUCCCUAGUCUUAUGGUCCAGUGCUCUAACCACUGCACCACUGUUGACUGUUUCACAGGCACUUUUUUGGUUUGAAAAAGAUCAGAGAACGCGCUGUUGGAAAAGGAAGUAAAUUAAUAUCUUUGCCUCUGUUCCCAGGGCACAAGAGUUUCAGUAUAAUCUUUAACAAAAGUACAAUCUGUGGGAGGAAAAUAGAAGCCCUGUGACCCACGUGUAUGGAGUAAAUAACAAAAGAAUCGACUCAAAUAGAUUUAAAAUGCAAGGCUAAACUCUCUCCAGCAAGAGAGAGGCCCCAGUAGCAGAGUUUAAACUCACAAAAGUCAAGCAGAAGUAUAGCUUUAGGAAUACAGUCAUACCUCGAGUUGCAUUUGCUUCACGUUGUGUUUUUUUCUGGUUACGAACGCGACAAACCCGUAAGUGUUUACUUCUGGGUUCACCGCUUCGCACAUGUGCAGGAGUGAUCUGCACGCUUCACGCAUGUGCAGGAGCAAUCUAUCACAUCACGCGCACGUGCAGAAGCAGCGCUCUACUUAUGGACUUUUCGGGGUGCAAACGGCACCCUGGAAUGUAUCGUGUCCAUAAGUAGAGGUACCACUGUAUAGGUUGUUGGACCCAUUUAGUCUGCUUGCAAACAGCACUCUUUUCUUUCCAACCCCUCUUGUGCUGAACAGGCCACACACUGUUAAGGAAGUUUAAAAUUCUUUACUUACAAAACGUUCCAAAGGUCAGAUUCAUGCAUUUCACAGAAUCAUAGAGUUGCAAUGGACCACAAGGGUCAUCUAGUCCAACCCCCUGCAAUGCAGGAACCUUUCACCUAAUGUGGGGCUCAAACCCACGGCCCUGAGAGUAAGAGUUGCAUGCUCUACUGACUGUGCUAUCAUAUCCAAGCAGCAACGGGGACAGGACGGGAUGGGACGGAGGGACACAUGCAGCUUCAAUUCCUCCUUUUACAGAGGUAAGGGGGUAUGACUUAGCUGAGUUUAGGAACAGACCUCUCUGGUUCUAGCCCUUUUCAUGCACAAACUAGAAUUCAUGCAUAAUUAUCAUAGAAUCAUAGAAUUUUAGAAUCUUAGAGUUGGAAGGGUCCCUAAGAAUCAUCUGGUCCAAUCUCCUGCAAUGCAGGAAUAUGCAGCUGCCGCAUACGGGAAUUAAACCUGCAACCUUUGCAUUAUCAUCACCAUACUCUAGCCAACAGAGCUAUCCAGGCUGCAAUUUCCCACAAAUUUUACAUUUAUUGCUCUGCUCACUUUUGCCUUUGGCCCCAUUCACCAUUGACACGCAGCUCCCAGAAGGGAAUGCAGCCCUUGGACUGAAGAAGGUUUGCCAUCUCUCAGCUAGACUGUGAUGGGACAGUGAGUUGCAGAUCACCAGCAGAGUUUGUGUCAGGGACCUGUUUGCUGUCUGCCAAUGUAUCACCCAGAGGGAUCUUUCCAAGACUGCCAACUAUCAUCCUGCAAAGGAACACAGCACAUGGUAAUGAAGAGCAGGAGAAUUAACACAGCUGUCCAACACUGACAUUUGACUAUGAUAGACACCCUAACCCAUACAGAUCUCAAAAGAAAAGCAGGACCAUGCAAGAACAGGUAUUCUGAGCCCAAAUUGCAGACACCAGAAACGUAUUUUCCCACUAUUGAGUUAUAAGUGAGCCUUCCUCCCCCUGAUCUUCAGAAUGCUGUGUGUUUGAUUACAUUCAUUUCAUCUGUUACAGGGAUUGGUGUGGGACUUGUGGGCUUUGGGGUGUUUUUCCUCCUUUUCGGUAUGCUAUUGUACAUGGAUUCGGUGCUUCUGGCCUUCGGAAAUGUAAGUUUCUUUCUCAAGCUCCAGAUGUUUCCUUCCAGAUGUUGCUUUUGUCAUCACAUAUAUCAGCCAGUUUGCCUUCAAAGCUUUGAUGAAUCAUAAGGAUCACUACGCCCAGUUUACUGGCACUGUUGUGGAAGGUAGUUCCAUUGACAUCAACUGGGAGACUUGCUUCCAAGCAGAGUUGUCUAGUCUAAGGUUUUAAGGAAUGACUACCAGCCACGAUGGCUGUGUUCUACCUCCUCUGUCAGAAGACGUAUGUAUCAGUCACUGGAAGCCACAGGAGGUGAGAGUGCUGUUGUGCUCAAAUCCUUCUUUCAUGCUUCCUAUAGGCAAAUGAUUGUUCAAAGUAACAACAGGAUGCCGGACUGCAUGGGCCUUUGGCCUGAUCAGGACUGGCAGCCCAUUACAGAAUUGAAACUUUUGUGUUGUGUACCAACCACUAUACACAGCACAUGCUGCAAGGGUAUGGGUGUAAGUGAUACUUCAUGAACUGAGGAAGGUGAUGUUCCUCCAGCAACACAAUACCCUUGGUCAGCAGCUUCCUGUGUCAACAAUGAAGUGGCUGAAGGCAAUGGUGUAGCAUGGGUUGCCAGUGCCCGGGGCAGUGCGGAGGGGGUAGGUAGGAGGGAGCAAAACAGGCAGAGUACACAUGCACAUUCAGUAUCAGUAUCAAACUUUAUUUCGGUCACAGACCAGCAUAAGAUAAAACAUACCGAAACUGAGCACAUAAGACUGAAAACAGGUAAUGAGUAAAAACUGGUAAUUAAAAGGUGAUUAUAUAUCAUACCUACUUAAAAUAUAGAAACAGGGACAAACAGUUAAAAGCGACUAUGUGGGAGGGAGUGUGAAGGAGCACAGGUCUUGCAUUUUGGGCCUAGUUUGUGGCGCAAACCAUCCUUCAAUGAAUAUCCAUCAUGGCAGUGCAGUAUCUAGGAACUGAGUACUGUAUGUAACAUCUGGGCUUUCAUCUUGAAGUAGCAGGGAGGUAUGAAAUUGUUCUGUGUGACCUGGGAAUUUAUGUAGUCUGAGCAAGUAGUAUCCAUUUAAUGAUAUGUCAUCCCUGGUCCAGGUUUCCUGUAUCAGUAAGAUUUGAUGUUGUGAUAGAAAAUCAGUGAAACAGGUGUUCCUGAUACAUGCUGCCCAUCUGACCACAUUCCAGGUUAGAAGGGCAACCUUAUGCUGGCCUGUUGGCUGUCAAUCCCUCUUUCCCUCACAAGAUGGUUGGGGGGCUAUUAAUUCCACCUGUGCAUGCACAGUCAAGAGUUAUUGUGCUGUCCUCGUUUGCAGGGAUAAGCUGUUUUCAACGGAGCCCAGCAACGGAAGCAUGCAGCUGUAUUCAGGCAGCACUGGGUGUCGAAAUUCUGUGCCCCCUAACAAUUUUGCACCUGGGGCAACCACCCCUUGGGGGGACCCCUACACUGCCACUGGCUAAAAGAUCCCUGCAAGACAAAGAAAAGAGAGGCAACAGGACCAAUGUUCCCCUUUCCUUCCAAAGACAAAACAGACAGAAUUACUGAAGAGGAUAAAAAGUUCAUCAAGCCUGUAGGAAAGAUUCAGCCUUUACGCCCAGCACCCUUAAGAGAGAAUACCAGGGAUAGCCAAUGUGGUUACUCCUGAUGUUGUGCACUGCUGUCCCCAUCAGCCCCAACCAGCAUGCCCAGUGGUCAGGGAUGGGGUGGGGCUUGGUCCAAAAAAUCCAGAGGGUAUUGUGUUGCCUACACCUGAAUUAUAAAUGAUCACUAUAUAAAGUGUUUUGUGAUUAAAAAAAAGAAAAGCAGUAUAUACAUAAACAUGAAAAUCAGGGGCAAGAAAUCAGGAGCCCUCUAGAUAUUGUUGGACUACAACUCCCAUCAGCCAAAGCUAGGGCUGACAAUGACAAACAGUCAGGGAUGGUGGGAGUCCAACAGCAUCUGAAAGGCCGCACGCUCCCCAUCCCUGAUAAAGUGUCUACUAGCUAUAAUACACUCCAAUAAUCCCUGGGUUUUGAUCUUCUUCUCUUUAGAUCCUGUUCCUGUCUGGCCUGGCCAUUAUCAUUGGACUAAGAAGAACCUUUGGUUUCUUCUUCCAGAGGCAGAAGCUUAAGGGAACCAGUUUCUUUUUGGGGGGCAUAAUUAUCGUCCUGCUUCGGUGGCCUGUCCUAGGCAUGCUUCUGGAGACCUAUGGCUUCGUUAACCUCUUCAGGUGAUUAUUCAUACCAAAGCCACAAAGCUUUCUAGGGAAACUACUGUAUGUAGGCAAGUCUGGGUAAGUCCAGGGUUGCUGAUAGCUGCACGUGAUGCCAGACCUGAACUCUACAAGUUUACAGUUUCUGAAAUUGGUGCUCUAAGUUGGAGCCUCAUGGGCUACAACCUUACCAGUUCUAACAAGAAGAAGAUGGGGACAACAUUUGCCCUCCUCCAGUUUGCAGGGACCUCAUCUGUUUUUCAGUAAUUCUCAAAUAUUAUAUACGGAGGUUCUGAGAUUAUGUCCACAAGCUCCUUUAGUACCCUUGGGUACAGCUCAUCACCUCGUGGAGAUCUGAAUUAAUUUAAAGUAGCCAUGGGUUCCCUUACCACCUCCUUUUUUGGACUGUAUCUCCCUCUUUGCAUUGUUUAUUCUGUGCUGCCAUUCCAUUCACACAAUGGAUUUCCACUUGCACAAUGGAUCUUCCCCUCUCCUCUCCUGUACAAUCCUUUAUGAUCCUCAAAAACUGCUCUAGAGGGUUGGAGACCCUCCAGACCAGAUUGUUCCUUCAUCCACAGAUUACCUCUCUCCAGCUACUUUUCUCUCGGCCAGGAUCACUUCUGGUAUUGGAGCCUCAGCUGGGAGAAAGAUGCGCAGAGGAAGGAGCCAUGGCUAGAGAAGCUAUGAACAAAGGAGGGGGUCAGCACUCUUUAGCCAUCUUUCUACUUUGCUUUCAACACAGAGAAUUGCUGCUGUCACAUCUAGUUUAACUCUCGGGUUUCGUUCCGGCUGCUGAUUUUCAGCCAUUAUUAACAAUGACUUAUUUGUCCUCAGGAGUUUUUUCCCAAUUGCCUUUGGGUUUCUGGGAUCAUUGGUGAACAUCCCAUUUUUGAGCAAGGUAAGAAAAAAUUUCGUGUGUCAUGCGCUCUCAGGGGAGCAUGAUUCUAUCUGGCUGGUUUGGUUCCCUUAAGCUUUACAACAUGGUUGGGGAACCUGCAGGCUUCCAGGUACAACAUACAACUCCCAUUGUCCCCUGAGUGGCUGGGGCUGAUGGGAACUGGAGUCCAACAAUAGGACUCAUCUACACUUCCAUUUGUGCCAUGAUCUGUAGGCACAGGUCUGUGAUUUUAAAAAACCCAAAAAAGUCACUGUAUACUGUUGAACUGGAACAAACAUCAGUCAAAAUGAGAGGCACAAAUACAAGAUGGGUGACACCUGGCUUGAGAGCAGUACAUGUGAAAAGGAUCUAGGAGUCUUGGUUGACCACAAACUUGACAUGAGCCAACAGUGUGACGCGGCAGCUAAAAAAGCCAAUGCAAUUCUGGGCUGCAUCAAUAGGAGUAUAGCAUCUAGAUCAAGGGAAAUAAUAGUGCCACUGUAUUCUGCUCUGGUCAGACCUCACCUGGAGUACUGUGUCCAGUUCUGGGCACCACAGUUCAAGAAGGACACUGACAAACUGGAACGUGUCCAGAGGAGGGCAAGCAAAAUGGUCAAAGGCCUAGAAACGAUGCCUUACGAGGAACGGCUAAGGGAGCUGGGCAUGUUUAGCCUGGAGAAGAGGAGGUUAAGGGGUGAUAUGAUAGCCAUGUUCAAAUAUAUAAAAGGAUGUCACAUAGAGGAGGGAGAAAGGUUGUUUUCUGCUGCUCCAGAGAAGCGGACACGGAGCAAUGGAUCCAAACUACAAGAAAGAAGAUUCCACCUAAACAUUAGGAAGAACUUCCUGACAGUAAGAGCUGUUCGACAGUGGAACUUGCUGCCAAGGAGUGUGGUGGAGUCUCCUUCUUUGGAGGUCUUUAAGCAGAGGCUUGACAACCAUAUGUCAGGAGUGCUCUGAUGGUGUUUCCUGCUUGGCAGGGGGUUGGACUCGAUGGCCCUUGUGGUCUCUUCCAACUCUAUGAUUCUAUGAUUCUAUGAUAAGUCCUCUGAAGGCUGAUGUUUGUUCUGAUUCAGUGGUAAACAGUGAGUUUUCGCAGGGAAAGAGGUGGGACCAAAACAACAACAACAACCCAUGCCUGGAAAUAAUAGAAUCAUAGAAUUGUAGAGUUAUAUAAUCCUUCAGAGAAAUGUGAUUGGUUACAAAUGACUUCUUGUUGCAGCUGUUCCAGAAACUUGGAGACACCACCUCUAUGGUAUAGCCUGGAGAAGUGGCUUCCUACCACAGACAACUUCCCCUCCUACAAGCAAAUAGACUACUGUGUUGUUUUCACAGCGAUGUGCCAUUGAGACCUCCUGCCCAGUUCAUACCUUUGAAGACCCCUGUGUGAUCACCUGCAGGAGUGUGCAAGGUUAUUAGCAGGUUCAUAUCCCAGCAGGAAUUGCCUGGAGGUGCUGUUUGCAAGAGCAAUUACAACUGAACUGCUGGUUCAUAGACAUGAUCAUGCUGGAGCUAGACAAUGGCUAUGGACAAUGGCUGAGUGAGCAUUGGUACCUGGGCACAUCCAUGUUCACAAGAUUUCUUAGCAACAAACCAACAUUUAGGACUUGUCAGUUUGCUCCAAGGAAGACACAUCCCUUGGGGUCUUCACCUUCCAAACAGCUGCAGUAGAGUGAGUAAGCAAAGUACCCAGUUUCUUUUGUUUUGUUGACAUGCUGUACCCACUGAUAUUUUUCAUCCCUUGUGAGAAGCCAUAAUGCAGGCAUCUCCAAACUCGGCCCUCCAGGUGUUUUGGGACUACAACUUCCAUCAUCCCUAGCUAACAGGACCAGUGGUCAGGGAUGAUGGGAGUUAUAGUCCCAAAACAGCUGGAGGGCCGAGUUUGGGGAUGCCUGCCCUAAUGGAUCAGAAAUUUGAAAUUGAAGGGAUUAAAAGCACAUAAGUUGAAAGGCAUAAUUUGAACACUAUGACACUAGAACAAUUUGUGUUAUCUCACUAGCCAAAUUUCAACAAUAGGAAGGAGGAAAAUGAAUAUAAGGGUGAGAAGUGUUGUUCUGAGUUUUCUGUCAAUUUCAAAAUCCCAGUAAAGAAAAUGGUUGGGGGAGGGGAUAUGUUCGCAAAAUAACUUGCAGUUCAAAAAGACACACACACAGCCUGUACUUUGGAGCAAUGUCUAUUUAACAGAACGUGAACGCUGUUUGAUUCCACCAUGUGCAUAUUUUCUAUUUUUUUAUUUAAC